AUGUUCAAAUCGAAUAUGCUAAUUAUUGCUUUCUUCCUUUAUCCAUUUCUUUCCUGUCUUUUUAAUAUAUCUGUACUUGGAACAGAAUUCAUGUUUAGUGCUGCAAAAUACUUAGUUUUAGAUAUAGUUGUUUCAUCAACAAUGCAAUGGGUACUUGAUUUGAUACUUUUCUAUUCAACUAAUGGAAAAUUAGAAACAGAACAGCAAUUCGGAACCAAGUGGGAUGGCUAUAGCUUUAUUAGACUUAUUGGAGUCAUUAUACUCGUUAUUGGGGCCAUAUUCUACAUCAAACUAAUGAGAUUAAAAUGUUUUGAAUACGAAGACCCAGAUGUAUCUGUCUUCAAGACGAAUAAUGAUGAUGAACGUUAUGAACUUGAUUCAUUUAGAAUGAGUAUUGUUUAA